GGUUCAGUUGGCCCAGUGCAGAUGAAGUGAAGUUGAGUGGAUUGGAAAACGUGGGUUUCUGAAUGAUGAUCCGAGCAAAGCAAAAGACCGAAACCAAUUUGGGUUUUGAAAGCCCAGCCCAGCUGAAGUGUUAAAGGCUUAGUUUAGCAGCAGCAAGUGAGGCACCGCGGCGGCACGGAACAUCUUUCUGAGAGGAGAGAAACCGGUCAAGUUUCCUCCAUCUCUCUUUAAUCCCCUAAGUUAACUUACAUGAACACUAGUGUGAUUUUUCUUUCUCUUUUUGCUUUGAUUGGCUGCUGUUAGUGCUAUGCAUUGAGCAGAAAAGUUUCAUUUUGCAUUGGCUUCUACGAAAUUACUCUCAGCAGUCUAAAUCGAUACGUAGUUUUAAUCAACGGGAUCUUUGUUUCUGUGAUUGUCUGUUGACAGGACAGAUUGGAUUCGUUAUGCUUUUCUUAAUUCAGGCAAUUGUUUGUUUUCCUUGGGUUUCAACCUGUGUUCUCUAGUCCCAACCUGGUGAAAGGGGAUUGCAUUUUAAGUGUUUGAUCUUAUUUCCCGCUAAAUUCAAGAUUCUGGGAGUAUUAGGAGUUCUGUCUGUUGCUCUCAACCAGAGUCUCUUGUGAAAUCUUCAUUGGUUUGUGUUGUUGCACAAAGUCCUACAGUUUGCAGUUCUAUUGCGGAAUCCCAAACCUGAGGAUUAUAUUCUUCUUCUGUAACUUCAAUGUCUCUGCGGAAGCCCCCACUCCCUAGAAUCCUUCUCAAUGAUGUCUCUUGCAUGAGAAAUGCCCAACAAAUCUUGCGACAUGUGAAUGUCUCUGUUCAUGAUGGUGGAGCACUUAUGUUGACAGGCAGCAAUGGCUCCGGCAAGACCACUUUCCUACGUAUGUUAGCAGGAUUCUCCCGACCUUCAGCUGGUCAGAUCCUUUGGAACGGUCAUGACAUUACUCAAUCGGGCAUAUUCCACCAGUACAAGCUUCAACUAAAUUGGCUUUCCCUCAAGGAUGCUGUAAAAGAAAAGUUUACCGUCCUUGACAACGUUCAGUGGUUUGAGCUUCUUGAAGGUAAGCAUGGUAAGUCAUUGCCUGCUCUGGAGUUGAUGGGCCUUGGAAGAUUAGCAAAAGAGAAGGCAAGAAUGCUUUCAAUGGGCCAGCGAAAGAGGCUCCAGUUGGCAAGGUUGCUUGCCAUUGAUCGGCCGAUUUGGCUGCUAGAUGAGCCUUCAGUUGCAUUAGAUGAUGAAGGGGUGAGGUUGCUGGAAUACAUUAUUGCAGAGCAUAGAAAGAAGGGUGGGAUUGUAAUUGUUGCGACACAUCUCCCAAUUCAGAUUGAAGAUGCCAUGAAUUUGAGGUUGCCACCAAGGUUCCCUAGAAGGAUGACUUUGGUAGAUAUGCUUGAUCGUUCAGACAUUGCAUAAGCUGACCAGUUAAAAUUCCUAUUGCCUGACAAGUUUGGCCAAUUUUUUCCCAUAUUUGGUGAUUCUUCAUGUCUUGGAGAAACUUUUCCUUGUGCUAAAGCCAUUACUACAGUGAUACUGCUCGACACGGAAUCCGGAAUGAUCUAGUUAGGAAGCCAUCCAUUCACUACAAUCUAGCAAGAAAUAUAGGUCUACACAGAGACCAAGACAUAACACAGGUGCGCUUGGGGGCACUGAGCUUUCUGAUUUAGUAUUUUGUUUGAACUAUGGGUCUCAAUGCUUCAUGAGGAGAGGAGACCCUCAUUGAGACAGCUUUAACAGAGCCUUGUGUGUGGUGGGUCGAUGAUCUUUGAACUUGUAAUCUAUUUCAUAGCCUGAAAUCAGCUUCUGGCCUGCUCGCCGAUUGAACUCUGAUUGUUUUCUGGCUAUGUUUCUCCUCUGCAAUCUGCUGUUUCCACUCAUCUUUUUCAGCAAUAGAAUUAACAUUUUGUGAUU